UGCUCAUACUCUGUACAGACUACUAGGUACAGACUACUAUAUAGUUUAAAAGAAAAGUUGUCGAUGUCGGGGGAGCUUUUUCCGAGAGUAAAAUAAAAGAGAGUAGAGUAUAGUAUAAUAUAAGGAUGGGAAUAAGGACAAGAGUGGGUGGAUGAGAGAUAGUAAAGGACAGAUUGAUAACACAGGAUAGGAAAAUAUAUAGAGAAGAAAAGAGAGGAUUAGCAGAGCAGCAGCAGCAGCAGCAGCAGCAGCACCAGCAGAAACUGCAAUAGGUAUAGUAGCAUCCAGGUGAAGAAACGACGAGGACAGAGCCUUGGUUUCUCGAGUUAAACUGGAAUUGCGACAGAGAAAAUAGAGAUAUAUGUAGAAAGAGAGGAUUCCCGCGAGCAGGCGCAGAUUCAACGGAUCCCGAAUAGACUUUACUCAUAGGGCAGUCGCUCCUUUGCUGCACCUUCGUGUUCCAUCUAGCCAAAUUAUUUUAUUGCCAAAUAAAAGUAUUGUGCUCAGUGUUAUUAAUAAUAAAGUGAAUAAAUUACUUGUUGUUAUUAAUUAUUCUGUUAAAGCUGUGAUUAAUUGGAGUUUACAUUUUAUUUACAACCAGACAAAUUAUUAAACUAGUGGUCUAAGUUGUGCUUUUCGGCGUUCAUCGUCGCCGUGUUAGGAGAACAAGAAAUCAUGUAUAAUUAAUAAAAUUACCACUCGGGAUGGCCACCUACAGCUCUGUGUACUUGGGCAUCUGGGGAGUUAUUAUAUUUGUUCUAAUAAAAGAAUCAAGACCAGUUAGUUGGGAGGAAUGGUGGACGUAUGACGGAAUAUCCGGACCCGCAUUCUGGGGUUUAAUUAAUCCAGAAUGGUCACUCUGUAAUAAAGGACGUAGACAAUCUCCAGUAGAUCUCGAACCAAAGAGACUACUUUUUGAUCGUAAUCUUCAGCCACUUCAUUUAGACAAACACGCUAUACGUGGAAUACUCUCGAACACUGGACAUGGAGUUGUUUUCUCUGUAGACAAUGGUACACAACAUCCCGUUAAUAUAUCAGGCGGACCACUAAGUUAUCGCUAUCAAUUUCAUGAAAUUCACUUGCAUUACGGUAUGAGUGAUCAACAUGGAAGCGAACAUACCGUAGAUGGUUAUGCAUUCCCCGCUGAGAUUCAAAUAUUCGGAUUCAAUUCCCAGCUUUAUAAUAAUUUUUCCGAUGCACUCCAUAGACCUCAAGGAAUCGUAGCAGUUUCUUUAUUACUUCAAUUAGGGGAUCUUUCAAACCCUGAAUUGAGACAAUUUACAGAUAAAUUAAACGAAAUAAAAUAUGGAGGAGAGGUCACGGAAAUUACUCGCUUCGCUGUACGAGAUCUUUUACCGGACACGAAUCACUACAUGACGUACGAAGGCUCCAUCACUAUGCCAGCCUGUCAUGAGACCACAACAUGGAUUAUUCUCAAUAAACCAAUAUAUAUUACUAAACAGCAGCUCAUCGCUUUAAGAGCUCUGAUGCAAGGUGACAAGCGACAUUCUAAAGCACCAUUGGGAAAUAAUUUUAGACCACCACAAUUACUUCAUCAUCGUCCUGUACGAACGAAUAUUGAUUUUAGCGUACAGGGAGUGAAAAAUUGUCCAACAAUGUAUCGAGAUAUAUAUUAUAAAGCAAAUAGUUGGGAACAAUCCGACUAAAUGGGAUUGAAUUAAAUGGAUUGCUGCUGUACAUGCUUUUUCAAGAGUUAUAAACUUUAUUGUAAAAAAAAAUUUAACAUAUCAACUCGCGUAAAGUCACGUGGCACAAAUUGUCGUGCAUAUAAUAUAUGAUUAAGUCAACAAGAACAUAUGGGAAAAAAAGAUGAUAUAAAUUAAACAAUGAUUGCGCCAAUAAGACAUCAAAAAAAUGCUUUGUUGUAAAACUUAUUAGACCUGAUUUGCCUAUUAUGUUUUGAGUGAACAAAAAAAAAAAUAAAUUAAAUUAAAUAAACACAAUACAAUAAUCUAUAUAGUUGAUUAGAACAGUAAAAGUAACGUAAAAACGUAUAAAAUUAUAUAUGUAUAUGUAUGCGUACGUAUAUAUAAAUUUAUUAAGAAAUUUAUAUAUUUAUAUAUAUGUACAUAUAUAAUAUCUGAAAACGAUGAAAGCUAUAAUUAUUGUGGCCUGCGUGAAUGUAAUGUAACUAUAUGCAAAAAAAACAGAAUC